AACCAACAUGUCAGGCCGUGGAAAGCAAGGAGGAAAGACCCGUGCAAAGGCGAAGACUCGCUCAUCCCGAGCUGGCCUUCAGUUCCCAGUCGGCAGAGUCCAUCGUCUGCUGAGGAAGGGGAAUUAUGCAGAGCGGGUGGGAGCCGGUGCCCCCGUCUAUCUGGCUGCAGUGCUGGAGUACCUGACCGCUGAGAUCCUGGAGCUGGCAGGCAAUGCCGCCAGAGAUAACAAGAAAACCCGCAUCAUUCCCCGCCAUCUCCAGCUCGCUGUCCGUAACGACGAAGAGCUCAACAAACUGCUGGGAGGAGUGACUAUCGCACAGGGAGGUGUCCUGCCCAACAUCCAGGCUGUGCUGCUGCCCAAGAAAACCGAGAGCCACAAGUCAAAGAGCAAGUAAAUCAUCAAACACAGAUUCUUCAUACCCAAAGGCUCUUUUAAGAGCCACCCACUAUUUCCUAACUGAGCUGAAUGAU